AUGGAGGAACAUUGGCGUACAAAUUGUACUGGAAAUAGACAUUGUGAUAUAUGUUUUAAAAAGUAUAUGGAGCUUAAACAAAAACCAGAAAAUCUUAUCAAUAGAGUUAAACAUAUUCAAGAAACAGCAAAAAAAAUCAGAGCUGUAAAGAUUAUACAACAAAAAUGGAUUGAGAUUAUAUAUAAGCCUGAUGGUCUCAAAACUAAAGAACUCGCUGAGCAUUAUAAAUUAUUAUGA